AUGCCUGUCACUGCCAUGUACAUACCAAAACAGUACCUCAAGCAAGUAAAAGACUUCCUGGAGAACUAUCGUGACCGGUACCAGAGGGUCAGGAAGACUAAAUCAGGGCAAGCAAUCAAGAUCCUGACAUCAGGGGACAACUGGAUCAUUACCAACUUCCAGUUCCUGUCAAAAUACAUACGACAGACGCUGUCUGUCUCAUCACAUGCUAUUGCUGAUCUGGAGGAAGAGGAUGACACCCAGGACACCCAGGAUGCAGGCUUUGGCUCUGACUCAGAGUUGGGGAUGCCCACCAGUUCUCCCCCUCAGAGGCCAGCCACCCCAGCAGGCCCCAGAGGCCAGCCACCCCAGCAGGCCCCAGGAACAAAGGGGUGGGAAAGAACCGGAGAGGGUCAGCAGGCAGCAACACCAGCACCAGCACCGCCUCAACUACAGAGUCAACCAAUGAACUAUUGCAGCAGCUUCUUAACCGAGCCCAGGAGGCAUCUGAUGUUAGGAUGGGAAAAGAUUCCUUCCACCCCAUGUCAAGCCAUGAAGCUGCUGUAAAGUCAUACAGCAACUACCUGAUGACCAGAUGGUUCAUGUCCCUCCUGAAUCCUGGAUGAGGUUCACCAGUGCAGUGCAGGAUGUCAUUUAUAUGUUCACUGCACCAAAUCCACCUCCAGUAGCUCCACUUCAGGAACACACGCAAAUUUUCCAUGGUGGGCUCAGGCAAGAGUCACAGCAGUAUCAACCACAACAGCAGGCACAUGUUCAACCUCAGAUGCCUCCUUCUAUGUCUCAUAUGCUCCCCCAGAUGCCUCCCCAGAUGUCUCAGAUGCCUCCUCAGAUGGCUCCCCCUAUGUCUCAGAUGCCUCAUCAGAUCCUGUCUCAGAUGCCUCCUCAGAUGUCUCAGCAGGAACCUAGUGGCAUUGGCAGUGCCAAUAACAGUGGCUAUCCACCAUUUUAAUCCACAUGGGAUAGGAGAUGUAGUCGGGUUUCUCCUCUGUCUCAGCGAAGCACUCUUAGUAUUGUAAGAGGAACUGUUGUGGAUUGCUGGUUGGAACGGGACAAAUGGUGUCUAUAAGAAGUACUUAGUAUCGUAAGAAGAACUGAUGUGCUUGCUGGUUGGAACGGGACAAAUCAGUACUGGAUGACGGUAGUUGACUCAACGGUUGGAGAAACUCAUCCAACAUGGUGAUGGGUGGUGGUGUGUGCAUCCAAUAGAUGGGGGUGCCUGGUAAUGAGGAAUAUUGGCUUUGUUUACGUGGUUCUAUUUGGAGAAAUCUGUGAACAUUUAGUGUAAACUUUGUGUUCUUUAUUGAACUGAAGAAACAGGAAUAUUACAUGGACAAUGGAAACGAACUAUAUUGUAGGGUAUAACAGUACAUUGUUUAUUGUCAUUUGAUAUAUAUAUGUGUAAAUAGUGUGUUGAA